AUGACAAUUCCCAAGAAGAACACUGUGAAGGGAGCCAGUGCCUCUGCGUCAGCUGCUGGGAAGGGAAAAGCAACCAUGGCGAAGCCGGAUUUCCAUUUCAUCUCGCGCAAUCCGCCCUGGACCUAUCUCAAGCUCCGCCUGAUCCCCCAGCCAGGCAGCACGCCUCCCCCGCCCGUCGACGCCCUCUCUGCCCGCACAUACCUCACCUCAGCGCUUUUACAAUUCCUUGGGCUCACGGGCACCUCCAUCUCAGUCGACAUCCUGAAAAUCCAACAUGGAUCGCCAAUGCCUGCUGCAAAUAUCCAUUCCGUCGCGGCAGGCCAGCCUCUUGGCCCACGCAGAUGGGAUACCGUCUGGAUCCGUGUUCCCCGCGAAGACGCCGCGGCGGUCAUCGCUGCGCUCAGCUCUUGGAUUGGAAGCGGCGGCAAUGGGGCCUCGACUAGUAUUGCUUGGAUGGUCUGCGGCAAAGCGAACUUCCUGGGUGCGCUGGUGUCCAGUUCCGGAGCGGGCUUGUUUGCUCGAUAG